UUUGCUUGGUUAGUUAAACCGCUCAGUUCUAAACAGAAAGAGGUGUCGUAUUUGGGUGGUUAAUGUGAUAAAUAGUUCCUGGUAUUAGUGAGAGUCUGGUUUCGCUUGACGACACUUAGAAUGUAUAGUACAAAUCAAUGUGUUGCGUGUGGAAGCAAGCCAGGACAACACAACGUGAGCUUGUUUCGAUUCCCGCGAAAUGCAGGAAGGUGCAGGCUAUGGCUUGAAAGAACUGGACUAUUUCAACUUCAGGGCAUACCUGCAACGGCCAUUUAUGAAAAAUACCGCCUAUGUUCGGUGCAUUUUGAUUCGGCUCAGUUCAGACCACCUCAGUUUGUUGGCGAUCAGAGAAAGAAAUUGAUUCGUAAUGCACUUCCAACGCUUUUCAAUGGUUCCAACAAUAGGAGUCGUCACAGGCCGAGAUUCAGAGUGAAAGCAGAAACUACUGGCCAUGAGAGGUUUUCAGAUGAUUGCAAUUCCGGAAUUGCUGACUGGUCAGAAACAACAGAGGAGUUGCAAAUUUUAGCACCUCAUCUCUGUCGACUGUGUGCCAAUGUAUCCGAAGAUCUGGUAGAAGUUUUUGGAGAUGAAGGGAAGAAAUUGGAUCUUUGCAAUAAAAUACACACACAUCUACCAAUAAUGGUGACAGAACAAGAUGCCCUGCCAACUAGAUGUUGUUGUUCUUGCAUAUCAAAGCUGGAAAUGUGCCACAAAUUUGUUAUAUCAUGUUUAGAUGCUAAUUCUAAGCUGUGCACAAUUCUUCGUUUACCGCGGACAUCGGAUGAUGAGAACACUGGCACUUCACUGAUGUUGGGAGAACACAUUGGACCAUUUGAGACUGCCGUUAUCGAGAAAGAGAGUAGUUUGUCCGACAGAUUUAAUGAAGAGGUGGAUGUACAUCCCAAUAUAAGCGAGUCCAGUCUGUUAAAAAAUGGAACUGACGUGAGCAAAAAUCAGACGAAUUUUGUUUCAAGCAGAAUGCUGAAUGAUAAUAAAAAUGACAAUAUCAGAGGACGUAAUGUAAUGAAAGAAACUUUUCCAUAUGAAGAACGUACAUUUCUUGUAGAAGGAAAACAGGAAAUGAAUAAACAGUUGGUGAUUGCCAAUGUGUGUUCCUACAUUAACUCUGGCAAAAAUAAAAUAAAUAAGAAGAGAAAUCUUCAAAGAAAGAAAUACAAGAAAUCAAAAUUUGAAGUUGCGUUGAUGAAGUUAAAAAAGGUAUAUAGCUCAUCACUUGCAGUUUCUCCAUCUAAAGGACAGAGGCUGGAUGCAAAAGAUGUAUUUUUUUGGAAUCGUAGUUUGCAGAAACGAGAAUGGACAAGUAACAGCAUCAGGUGUGAUGGGUGCAACCUGCUGUUUAUGAACUUGAACAGGCUACGUUCACACAGAGCAGUAGUUCAUAGUCGUUUGCAUUUCAAGUGUCAGAUGUGUAGCAAACUCUUUGGGCAACAAAAUAGUUUGAAGCAGCACAUCGCAAUUCACAGAAAAAGAUAUACUUGCAAAAUAUGUUUUGAGUCAUUGCCAACAUACCAGCUAAUGCUUUCACAUCGGAGAUCUCAUAUCAAGAUGGGACCUAACUCAAGUGAGAUACCUGAUGAUAAAGAUCUGAAUACUGUGCCUUGUAUACCUGAAAACAGAGACACCAAUGUUUGUAUUACACCUGAAACCACAAAAACAGAAGAAUCACCUGCACAAGUGAAAAUUGAGUCAGAGACUUCCAUUGAAACUGUAUUAGGCAGUGAAGUUUUAAACACAAGCAAAGAUGAACAAUCACUGCCCGAAACUGGAGGUGAAACUACAAUCUAUGAAUUCUCAGAUGAAAGGCUCAGUGUUGCAACAGACUCUAAAGUUAAGUUUGUGGAGUCUUCUGGCUUAACUAAUAAUAGAGAUGAAGCUGAACAGAAAUUUCAUCCUUUAACAGAGGUUGAAGCUCCAUUAUUAAAUAUUAUCACUCCUUUAUCUGGUGCCAUUGACAGAAGAGGACAAAUGUUUCAGGAACCUGAAAUUGUGGAAGCUGUUAAUUCCAUUAAAGAAGACAGCUUACAGUAUGAGCAUCAAAUAUGUCAAGUUGAAUAUGACUCAACUUUUGUUGACCAUUCUACUGUGCAUGAGAUUGUUACAUUUGUUGACAGUGAGGCAUCAAAUAACAGUACUGAACUCUAUCACUGUUCGUCGUGUAAUAAAAUAUUUACUACCGAAUUGGCUUACAGAAAUCAUGCAUCAAAACAUUCUAUGGAGAAAAAAUUUGUUUGUGGUACUUGUAAGAGACCAUUUGCACAUCAGUGGGCUCUUGACAGUCAUUUAAGAAUACACUCUGAUGAGAAACCAUUUGCUUGCAAUUACUGUGGUGAAAAAUUUUUGUUCAAGCGAUCAUUAGUUGUACAUGAGCGUGUACAUACUGAAAACAAAUCUUUUAAAUGCAAUGUAUGUGAUAAAUGUUUUAACUCUGUAACAAGACUGAAGCAGCAUAUCAUUACACAUUCAGAUGACUGGCCAUUUCGAUGUACAUUUUGUUCCAAAGAAUUUAGACGCAGAGAAGCUUUGAAAAAUCAUGUAGCAAAACACACAGAUGAAUGUAAAUUAUGUAAUCACAAACCUGAUGUAAAAGGAAGAAAAGAGGGUAAUGACCUACUAGAAGAAGUUGCUGAUAGUAAAAUGGAGGAACCAGGUUCUUCCUCAGAUAAUACAAUUAUCUUUGGUGAAUUCGGUUCAUCAGAUAUUGUUAUUGAAAGCCAUGCAGAUUCCACACCUUUGAUAAAUGACAGUAAUGUUGCUUGUGAAUAUGUCAUUUGAUAAGAAUUUGAAGGAAACUUUGUCUCUCAAGAUCAAUACAGGAUUGUACCGUAAAAUUGUACGACAGAGUUAGACAUCCAUUGUAUUAAUUUGCCUGCUUCAGUUCAGAAGCCAAACCCAUUUUGCCUGUAAUAGAACUGUAAAUUUUAUUGUAAUUAUCUUUUCUAUGUGUUACUUGUGUAUAAUAUAUUUUGUAAUGAAAUCUUGAGGUUCAUAGUAUGACUUAUUUCUACCAUCACAACUCAGUAAAGUAAUGUAAAUUUUGACACACAUAAGAACUGU